GUGAACCAUCAAGACGCAUCGUAAGACAUGAAUCAAUAACAAUGGUCUUCUACUUUGGCUUUGUCUGUUUCCUGCACACACCAGCCAUCUUGACCAUACAUUGGCCCCCGAACACGUCCGGUGUAUGUUGUCCUAUUGACAUAAGCAAUGCAGACCUCAAUACACUACAUUGCUAGGACCCCGAACUUGGAGACAGAGAAGGCCUUCGUCACGGACUUUCCGGUGGACCAUGUAGAAGGCGCUGUCCGACAGAAUACCGUGCCCGAUCAUCGUCAGGUAUUCGUGGCCGCGGUUGAUGACCCAGCCAAGUACAAGCUUGACGUGCACGGCUUCUGUUUUAUACGUGGCUAUCAGACUCAUCUUGAUCCUGAGAAGGCCUGCAAGGACAAAGCUUCGGUGGAGGAGGCCUACUGGUAUGAGAUUGAGGCCAUUCUACAUGAGAGGUUUCCACAGUACUCGAGGGUUGAAUGCUUUGAUAUGACAGUAAGAAAGCGCGAUCCCGACUUCCCGGAAGUCGUGAGGGUCUAUCGCGAUGAGCAUGAGCAGCCGUCACCGGAAGGAAAGAGGUUCGACAUGCUCAAUGUAUGGCGCCCCCUAAGGCAGCCGACCGACGACUGGCCACUCGCUGUUUGCGACUAUACCACUGUCGACACAGAGAAUGAUAUCCUGCUCGAAGAUGCGAUACGCCGGGAUCGUGUCGAGGAAAUCAGCUCCUUGCACUACAACAAAGACCAUAAGUGGUACUACAUGAAAGACCAAGGAGUUGAUGAUUUGCUGGUCUUCCGCAACGCCGACUCGCAUGGAGAAAAAGCACGUGCUUUUCACACUGCUGUACUUAAUCCUCUAUCUCAAGGCCCUCCGAGGGAAAGUGUAGAAGUUCGCCUGGUAGCUAUUUACUAAUAUAUAUCAUGUCACAUUUCGGGGUCAUCCUAAAAUGUAUAAUAACCUGAUUUCCGGUCUUCCUAGACAACGCAACUUUCCUUUCCGUCUCAGACCACAUAGCCGGCCCUAUGACCACGAUCCGACCCUGGUGGCGGUGACGGACUGUCGCCUCCGGCAGCAGUCGUCUUC